AUGACUAACGGUAUUUUAUCAUCGGAAAAACAUGAUCUACGUAAUUUAUAUCCUAUUGCAGAAGAUAUACCCUUAUUAAGUAAUAAUGAUUUUCAACAAACAUUAUCAAAUGAAAAUAUUUUAUCAUCUAUUGAAAAUAAUGAAACACAAUAUACAAUUGAUUUUAUUCUUGUCUAUGAAGAAACAUUAUAUGAUGAGGAUGAUGACAAUGAUAAUAUAGAUUCUUUUGAACAUGCACAAAAAGCUAUGAGAAAAAAUUUUGAAGCUAAUUUACAGCAUUAUGGUCUAAUUUUAAAUUAUAGAAAAUUUCCACUUAAAAAUCAACGACAACGUGUUUUUGUUUUAAUUACAACACCAUUUGAAAAACUACUUGAAAUGUGUGAAAUAACUCGUAAUAUCAAUUUACAAAAUGAUGAAUCAAUUUAUCAAUCAUAUUUAGGUACUUAUUUACCAUUAGAUCGUAUCAAUCCUGUAUUACGUCAAUUGCUCACUUAUCCAACAUUAACUUAUGGUUUACCAAAAAUAUUUUUACCAGAUUCAAUAGUAUUUGAAGAAAAUAGUAAACGUUCUAAUUAUGUUUUUUAUCCAUAUUCAAAACGCUUACAUAAUAAAUUUUCUCGUCAUUUUAUACAUUAUAAUUCACAUAUGAAUAGAAAAGAUAAUAUAUUUACUAUUGCACAACGAACUCGUUUAACAUUUGAAAUACUUUCUCGUAUGCCUUUAUUACCAGCAACAACAAAACGAUUUCAUCCAACAACUAUUUUAAAUGAUUCAUAUGUAUCAAAUCAAUUAUAUUCAAGUACAACAACAUUUGAAUCAUUAACAAUUAAUUUCGCACCAUCAACAAGAGUUAGUUUUAGUUCUAUACCUCAUGAUGAUAUAAUCAGUAAAUUAAAUGAAUUUAAUCGACAUCCUAUUGCUGAAGUUCUUUCAUCACAUCAAUAUGCUUAUGGAAUAAAUAUACUUAUUAAAAUAGGAAUUUAUUUAACUGCUUAUCCACCACAUGAACAAUGUCGAUCAAAAUUAAUUAUUAAUUAUCAGCAAACAAAUAAUACACGUGAAUUACUUUAUUUAUAUUGGGCACAAAUAAAACAUAUAUUCAAAGUACAACCUAUUGAACUCAUACGAGCUUAUUUUGGUGAAAAUGUUGCUUUAUAUUUUGUAUAUUUGGGAUGGUAUACUUAUAUGCUUAUAUUACCAUCGAUUAUUGGAUGUAUUGUUGCAGGUUAUUCAAUUAUAAAUGCAUUUUUUGAUAUACCAACUGUAGAAACAUGUACUGGUUCGAAUAUUAGUAAAGAAUAUCUUUGUCCUCAACGAACACGUAAAAAAUAUGUAUCAAUAAGUAAUGAAUGCCAUACAAAACGAUUCAGUACUAUGUUUGAUAAUUAUUCAACGCAUAUGUUUGGUGUGUUUAUGAUUUUUUGGAUUCUUUGUUUACGACGUUUUUGGCAACGUUAUUUAGCUCGAUUUCAAUAUCAAUGGAAUGCAUAUGAAGAUCAACGUCGUUAUGAAUUAACUCGUUCAUCAUUUUUAAUACAAUCAACAAAACCAAAAAUUAAUCGAAUUAAUGGUAUUGAAGAACCCUUUAUACCUUUAUGGAUUAUAUUCCUAUGUCGUUGUCUUUCAUUUCUUGUUAUGCUUAUUUUUAUUGGUUUAUCAGCAUUGAAUAUUGUUUUAAUGUUAUAUAUACGUUUAAAAUUAUUUAAAAUAUUUCAUUCAAUUAAAUACGAAUUAAUAAAAGAAAAUUCAUUUAUUAUUAUAAGUAUUAUAACAUCAACAAUAUCAUUAAUAAUAAGUGUUAUACUUGAUUUUACAUUUGCUUAUAUAGCUAAUCUAAUGACAGAAUUUGAACGACAUAGAUAUCAAUCAAAUUUUGAUGCGAGUUUAACAUUGAAAUUAUUUAUCUUUGCAUUUGUAAAUUAUUAUUCUCUUCCAAUUUAUGUUGCAUUUUUUAAACCAUGGAUACCAUCAUUGCCAGCAAAUAAAAUAUCUGGUACAGUAUUCUAUUUUGUUUUUACUGAAAGACUUGAACCAUGUAAUGAUCUAACUGGAUGUUCAUAUGAAAUAAGUGUAAUUUUAUUAAUUACAUUAAUUGGAAAACAAUUAGUUAAUGCACUUGUUGAAAUAUUAACAACAAAAAUUUUAAAUUUUUUAAAUUAUUUUCAUUAUCAUAAAAAUGAAUUAGAUAAUAAUAAUAAUAAUAAUAAUCAAGAAAAAGAAGAUAUUGAACAACAAAAAUCAUUUACAUCAAAAACGGGUAUUUAA